AGGGGCGUGUUUACUAGUUUUUCAUCGGAAUGUAGGCACACUGGGCUGAGCUUCAGGUGGACGCGGCGGCACGCAAUGCUGCGCUCGGAUCAUGAGCUCACAUUCACAUCAAUACAAACUCAGACUUAGUUCAUUUACAAACGCUGGAUCCUCACAGUGGCGGACUGUUGGACGGAUGGUAUAGCGACGGAAGGUGUCAAUCUGAAAGUGAAUGUGAAAUCUACCGGAGGAUCAUGACCGAAGCGCCGUUAUUUUCGCUCAAGGAUGUUGUGUGUGACUGAGAGGCUCAGGUAGAGUUCACAGAAACCCACCUGAAGACAGAAGAUCUGAAGUCUGACCUUCUGCUUGCGAGGUCUGGACACUGAUAUGAAACUGAAAGCGAUUCAGAGGUUUUCUCUAUAUGAAACAGCACCUUGCAAUCCUGGAGACGUGAGAAUAUAACCUUAAAUAAUGCAAAUAAGCUGAGACGCAUAUUUUUCAAGUAUUCAUUUGUGUUCGGGAUUAUGUAGGAUUCUGUAAACAGCUCAUCCUUUUUGGGUUCUGCGUUUGAGAAAACUUUAGGAGAAGAAGCCUACCCAGCAGGGGAAACGCUUGUGAAGCAUGGAUGCAAUUAGGUUUCCCGACUUUUUUGAUGAUGAAAACGUUUGGGAUCACACACCUCGUGGUCUUUACUUCAUCAGAUGAGCUCAGUUUCAGAUAUCAAGAGGUUUUUAAGUUGUGACACCUGACGAAGACCUAAAAUGCAGAAGUCAAACAACAGGAAGCUGUCUCUGUGCCAGGCUCUCACCCUCAUAACAUUGCUGCUGUCUCCAGGUUGCCUGUCAUCUUUGCCUUCAUCCAGACGAGUAGAGCUGGGAGGUGAGGGACCACAGAUGCGCAGCCAAAUGCAUUUCAUGAAUGAGUGGGCCUCGUGGGGCGGUUGGUCUGUGUGUUCGCGCUCCUGUGGGGGAGGGGCCUCCGUCCGUACACGCACCUGCAUCACUAGAAAUCUGGUAGGAGGGCCAUGCCCAGGAGACACCAGGCAAUACAAGAUUUGUAACACAAAGGAGUGUCCUGCUGACUCUAUGGACUUCAGAGAACUGCAGUGUAAAGCUUUCAAUGACAGACCUCUGGUCGCUGGCAGCAGUUACCACUGGACUACCUUUCAUGGAGGCUCCAACCCAUGUGAGCUCAGCUGCCUGGCUAUUGGACACAACUUCUAUUACAACUUUGGACGGGUGCUUGAUGGCACACCAUGCCAGUCAGAUCAGGGGACAGUCUGUGUGAAUGGAAAGUGUCUGAAGCCAGGAUGUGAUUUGAUCUUUGGAUCACAGCAGCAGGAGGACGCCUGCAUGGUGUGUGGAGGCCACAACUCAACCUGCCUUCAUCAUAGAAGUGUUUAUCAAAGCAACGAGCAGAACAAUGGACUGUUUGGGUAUAAUGAGGUCACUAUGAUCCCUGCCGGAGCCACACACAUCAGAGUGACUGAUAACAGCAGAAACUAUCUAGCACUCCAGAAUGGGCGCUCUCAGUUUGUGAUCAAUGGGAACUGGAAGAUCAAUAUUCCUGGGGAGUACAAUGUGGCAGGAACCAAACUGCUGUAUCGCCGCUCUGCUGAUACCUGGGAGAGUUUUGAAGUUCCAGGACCUACUAAGGAGGACCUGCACAUCAUGGUCUUGUCAACUGAUAAGAACUCUGGGAUAGAAUAUGAGUACUGGCUCCCUCCAGACCGCUAUGCCCUGUAUCAUGGGAGAAGUCAACUUCGGCAGCCUCACCACACAGCGAACCACUUGCCCUUUGAACCUCCAACCACUAUGAGUACCACAACCACAACCACUACUACAACACAGCCAGUCACAAAACCUCUUUUCUGGGGUCCCGCUGCUCGCUGGCCCCUUCAACCCCCCUAUCAACAGCAGCCAGUCCCACGUUUGGAAAGAGAUGAAAACCACAGGAACCGACUGCCCGAAAUACAUCGUAGAGCCCACUGUGGGAAAUGCCGCCGGGUUCGAGGGAAAGGUGAGCGCCAGAGGCAGUAUUGCCAAAAAGAUUUUGUAUUUCGAGCAAAAGUGCUGGAAAAAGUCUAUCAUGGUGAGGAGACCCGCUAUGACGUCCAGAUCAUCCACACAUACCGCAACCGUUAUCGUCUGGAGCACCGCGAGUUCCUGUGGGCCCCAAACAAAUGUGACUGUCCCCUUCUAGAGGAAGGGCACCAGUACGUGUUGAUGCUCCGACGGCACAUAAAUUACGAACGCACUCUCAAUCGCAUCCUGUUAGAGGAGGACAGCUACUCUCAGCCUUAUCGAGCACGUGAAGAUGGCCUGCUGCGCCCCCUAGAGGAGCUCUGCGGUAACAGAGAUAGCAGGACUCAGUUUAGGGAGUAAACACAUGAACGAUCACACUUUCACUGCACAGUUAUUCUGAAGCUCAGCUUUUAGACCAAAAAACAAGGCACAGACAGAAACCAUGCUCUGAUGCUGACUUGAAAUCACUGAUGAUUUUACUGAAGCAUUUCGCACUCCGCAACAAGGAUAAUGGACACUUUGUAUGGAUGAAUUAUGUCAGUGGGGGCAUGAGGCAAAUCAAAGCAAAGAAAGUCACUAAAUGAAGCACUUUAGGUGGACAAUCACCUUCUUUUAAAACAUAAACACCAAAGUAAAUAUAAAUAUACACAACACGAUGCCCUUUCUAGCACCACGUGUUUGUUAAUGGCAUAAAAUCACUUGACAGCAUGUAUAUCUUUAUCAUGUGCAUUUUGAUGUUUUUUUAUAUAUAUAUUUAUAUGUUGACAGUAUUUCUAGAGGAAAAUUUGAUUUAUAUAUUGCCUUAUAAUUUUAAAUGUUUUACUAUCAAUAUAUUUGCUUUUAUUUACGGUUAUAAAGUCCCUUAAAAAGUGAAAUGAUAAUGUGUGUUUAUGAGUCACAGUUACACAUUCAAGAUAAGCAGCAUAUACAUAUAACUAUAGUGCUUUUGCCAAUGAACAGUUGUUUUCCUCUAUUUUUGGCAGCUGUUUUUCCCUUUAAUCAUUAGUAGACUAACUAAGAUUAUCCUAUUACCUUGAUGUGGUUGUUAAAUUAUAGUCAAGCCUUUCGGCAAAACACACAAACUGUAGAAUGUGUUUUGUUAAAAAUAUAUUUACAAAAAUAACUUAUAUUUUAUAACAGUGACAUAAAUCUUUCUAACACAAACAUGCAAUUAGAGCUAAACAGGCUGGCUGUCGCCGAGCUAUUAAAGUAAUUUUACUGCAGAUAACAGAUUUUUUCUCCUUGUGGCCUCUGAUUGGCUGAAAGAAUUGCUGGAGCAAGCCCCUAUACACACACAAGCCACAGAUCACUGAAAUAUAGUAUUGAUCACAUAAUCUAUACAGCCUGAUAAGCAUAAAUGUAUCAAAAGGUUAAAUUAAUUAGGAGAAAGCCUUUUUCAUGUAUUUCCAUGUCUACCCUGUAAGCCAAUGAAAAAUUCUUCUACAUUUUACAAAAAAACCCCCAAAAAACUCACUAAGUAUACAGACAUCCAGCUUGUUCAGAAAAUGUUAGUCAUAUUCCUUUUGGCAAUUUUAGCACAUCCCCUACAGAUAUGCUCGUACAGUCUUAAACACGGUUAACGUUUUCUGUUCCCAUGUUGAAUUGCAUUCAUAGUGCUGGCGAUUUUAAUCCUAACAAGAUUAUCAGGAGGAUCAGUGCUCAUUUAAUGGAGUCUACUCUUCAACGUUCAGAGAUCUGGCAUGACCCGUUUCCUUUGCGUUGGAAA